UGCAAGACCACCGCCCAAUCCUUUUCAAACUCACCCUAUGGAAAUACCAACCUGCACAUUUCUAUUAUCUUGGAUAUAGGAUACUCGCUCCUAGAGUUUAUAACUUCACAUCCCUAUAUCCGAAAGACGACUCAUACCCGCCCGCCGCCACCGCCUAUCCUCCCCUCUCGAGCAUCAUCUCCAAUCUCCCAUCCAGCCUCACCCUCGACCGCAACCACCCCCCAACCGGCCCUGCGAUGCUCCCACCUCCCACACCCCCCCAAUAAUGCACCACCACCCACCCACACCAUGGCCCGCGCCCGCACCCCCGGCCUCUUCGUCAUCUUCUACACAACACUCUACGCCCUCCUCGCGCUCAUCCUCCUCGUCCUCCUGAUCAUCCCCCCCGCCGACGCCAUCCGCCAAGCCCUCACAAACAGGCAACUAUACAAUGUCUUCGUAAUCGCCUCUGUCUAUUUCCUCACCGCCCUCUUUGCACUCCUCUUCUACGCCUCUCGACUCUACACAACACGCACUAUUCUUGCGUCGAUACCGAAACCUUACCUCCCUCUCACACCUGCCGAUUUGCCUCCAAAGGUACACUGUUUAAUCCGCGAUGCGCUCCGGAGAUCUGCACUCGUUGCGUCGAAUGCGAGACCUCACACACCGGCUACGAAUACAGCAGCUGUUGAUAUCGGACUCGCAUGUCCCCUCCCCUCUGCGACUAUCGAACCCACGUCCCGGGGUCUGGCACAACACACACACCGCCUGCUCCGACGACGGCGACGGCGACGACGAGAAGCCGAAGCUGCAGAUGCAGCGCUAAUGCCUACGGCCGAUCCGGUGUGGGGACCUAUCGCACACGCGGGCUGGUCACCACCUACAUCUCCCGAUCUGCCGAACCUGCACUACGCGCCCGUGAUAGCGGAGCUCCCGCAUCUUAUUGAAGCGAAGGCUGUAGCCCUAUCUGGUGCGACGGCGGGGAGUCUAGCGCUGCUACCGAGGCGGGCGAGUGCGGGGCUAAGGGAGUAUAUGGUUGUGUUGUUGGAGCUUAAGGUGCUUGAUGCGGGGGUGCCGUGGAAGGAGUUUGUGGGGGGGUAUGAGGAGGCGAGGUUUUCUGGGAGGGCAGUGGGGGAGGAGGAGUUUAGGGGGUUGAUGGGUUUAUUUGCUGAGGUUUUGAGGGGGGUUAGGCCGUUAGGGGGUGGACCUGUGGAGGAGAGUGAGAGUGAGAUGGAGGAGGAGGAUGAGAAUGAUGAUGAUGAAGGGGCUGAUGAGUCGGUGGUUAGUCAGGAGGGGUCUGUGAGAAGAGAACCGAUUGCGAGAUUUGAUGGGGGAGAUGAUAAGAUGGCGUAUGGAGGAUUGGGAAUACAGAUCUCGCGGGCCAGCACACCCCGCGGACGGAGGUCGCCAAGUGCUUCAUUAUCCCCGAGCGAGAGCUGGGUGUCCCUGUCUAAUGGCAGCUUCAUGUCUGGUGGCUCGGUGGUGCGGCAUCCCGAGCUGGGAGGUGGCGGCGGCAGCGAAGAGGUUUGAUGAAAUGACCAAACACAAACUGGGAGGGAUGGAUUGUUGAAGUACGCAAGACCGAGAACCGGCGCCGCAUAGACGGAGAGACCUUGGAUACCCCUUUACUUACGUAUAAUUGUGUUGUCCUAAGGAGGAUGGGAAACAGGCGUUGCACGAAAUAAUCAUGAGCAGGAGCAACAAGAGACUCCUGGGGAUGGGUGGGACUAGAUAUACCCCAUAGCUAAUCAAUAAUUGUACAAUCACAC